AUGGGCCUUUGCCCCAACCCUCAUAUUCUAAAACACCCACCCAACUCAAAAAGCCCAAAUAGACAUAACACACCAACACUCAUAAACCCUAAUUCUCACCACUCCCUCUACAAAUCGCCACACACACAGCGAGAGAGAGGGAGAGAGGGAGAGAGAGACUCAGAGAGAGAGAUCCACCAAAGCAACGCAAAAAUGAAGUACAACCCACGAGUGACAAGCUCCCGCCGCAAGAACCGAAAGGCCCACUUCACGGCGCCGUCAAGCGUGCGCCGCGUCCUCAUGAGCGCCCCUCUCUCCACCGACCUCCGCACCAAAUACAACGUCCGCUCCAUGCCGGUCCGUAAAGACGACGAGGUCCAGGUCGUGCGCGGCACCUACAAGGGCCGCGAGGGCAAAGUGGUCCAAGUCUAUCGCCGUAAAUGGGUCAUCCACAUUGAGCGAAUCACUCGCGAGAAGGUCAAUGGGUCAACUGUCAAUGUGGGUGUGAAUCCUUCUAAGGUUGUCAUCACCAAGCUCAGACUCGAUAAGGAUCGCAAGUCGCUGCUCGAGCGAAAGGCCAAAGGCCGUGCUGUGGCUGAUAAGGAGAAGGGGACUAAGUUCACUACUGAGGAUAUUAUGCAGAGUAUUGAUUAAGAGGUGUUUUGCUUGGUUUAGUUGUUUUUGGUUUCGUGUUUUGUUAUAACUUUCGAUCUUAAAUUGUUGCGUAUUUCAGUAAGAUAUAUGAGUAUUGGAUGUUAGACUUGAUAUAUUUAUGUUUGGUAAUAGCUAUGAAAUGUGUUUUGUUUUCUCCA